CCUGAACAUGCAUGAUAGCUCUUGGCCUAAACCUGAUUCCACUGUGAGCUCAUCAUCAAAAGACUGGCUGCCAAAUCUGCAGGCUAGCUGAGUGUGAAGGGUUAAAUUACACUAGCUUAUCCCAAAGAAUGUAUGUGUGGGGACCGGUUUACUUAUCUCAUCCUUACCAGCAGGCUCGUCAAGAAGGAACACGCAGCAGAGGAAAAGGAGACAGAGUGUGAUUCCUGUGUUGAAAGCUGCAGAAGCAGGACUGAGACGCGGCAGAGUGUGAGGCUUGCAGAACCGUCCCCUGGACUGAGCAAGAAUGCUGCUAAUGAACCGCGGAGGUGGUCCGCAGCACAGAGCAAGCCCGUCUGUACCAUGUAGAAUACUGCUGGAACAGUGGAAUGUUUUACGCCUCCUGAACGCAUAAAUUGUUUACUUGAAAAGAAAGAAUAACAUUCAAUAUAAAGUUUCAAAGGAUGCAAUAUGAAGAGGAUUUAAACCUAAUUUAAGGUAAAUUGCAAAGCUCUCCAUUCUUCUGUCUAUUGACUGGUUCUAUUUGUCAUAUCAAGGUUUCCAAAUAAGUCUUUGGCUCCAAAUGUCAAGUCCAAAGGAGGCAACUUCUGUCAGGGAUCAGCAGUGUGUGACGAGGGAGCGUGUGCAAGAGAGGGAGUCCUGCAUGAUAAACCUGCUGAGUAUUUCCGAUGUCUCUCUGUGCUGCUUGAUUUUAAAUUGGCCCUUGCCUGGCUGAAAGCAAAAUGUGAUGAGCUGUGCUAUCAUCUGAUAUCCAAGCAUGGAUGGAGGCAGUCAGAAGAGCGCCGCAAGUUAAUGAGACCAUUGCUCUUGUAUUGGGAGUUUAGGACAAGCAAUUAUAGAAGGAUUACCCCGACUACUUCCAUAAAGCAAACCUGCCAGAGAAGUAAGCAUCAGCGAGAACUGUUAAAGACAUUCUGUUUAGUGGAUUUCUUUUUUUUAUUCUUUUAACUUUUUUUUUGUAUUUGCAAAAAUAAAAUUAAGAAAUCCCUCCAUCUUAAAGAGAUGGAGUUACAGACUCGACUAUGGAAUAAAGACUGGGCACCAUUUUUAAAAUCCUGGAUAACCAUAUUACUGGGCCUCCAUGUGCAGUUUUAUAGGGCUGCUUCUUGUCCGGAGCAAUGCCGCUGCGAUAAAGGUUUCAUUUACUGCAACGAGCGGAGCUUGACAUCAGUGCCUCAUGGAAUACAGGAGGGUUACAAGACUCUCUAUCUCCACAACAACCAAAUCAACAGUGCUGGAUUCCCGGUUGAGCUGCACAAUAUUGUUUCUGUGGAAACAGUAUUCCUAUAUGGUAACCAAUUGGAUGAGUUUCCUUUAAACCUUCCCAAAAAUGUGCGUGUGCUCCACCUACAGGAGAAUAAUAUUCAAACUGUCUCCCGGGCAGCUCUGGCUCAACUGUCUAAACUACAAGAGUUGCACUUGGAUGAUAACUCCAUCUCUACGGUUGGAAUUGAGGAGGCUGCCUUCAGGGAAGCCAUUAGCCUUAAACUCUUAUUUUUGACAAAAAACCACUUAAGCAGUGUGCCAAUUGGGCUACCACUGGACCUCAAAGAGCUCCGGCUUGAUGAAAACCGAAUUGCCACCAUCGCUAAGGAAGCAUUCAUGAAUGUCACGCAACUUGAACGCUUAAUUCUAGAUGGGAAUCUUCUGACUAAUGAGGGGAUUGCAGAUGGGACCUUUCAGCAUUUGGUAAAGCUGACAGAGCUCUCCAUGUCUCGUAACUCACUAACCAGUCCUCCAUCUGACUUCCCUGGAGACUUUUUAGUCAAACUCAGCUUGCAGGAUAAUCAAAUGAGUGAGAUACCUGUGGCAGCCUUUUCCAAUCUGCGCCACCUACAGAAACUGGAUAUUUCAAACAACCAGCUGCAGUUGCUGACAAAGGGGGUCUUUGAUGGACUUACAAGCUUGAAACAACUCACUGUUCGAAACAACUUGUGGUACUGUGACUGCAACAUUAAAUGGGUGAUUGAGUGGUUAAAAUCUUUGCCAGCGUCUAUAAAUGUACGUGGGUUUAUGUGUCAAAAGCCUGAAAGAGUACGAGGCAUGGUAAUCAGAGAGCUUAACCUGAAUCUCAUCACUUGCCCCAGCUCUACAACCUCGUCUCCACCAGUUACUCGUCCACCCACAGAGCCUUUGCCUUCAACUUUUGCUACCAACCCUACAUCUGCAUCUACUAUUAUGACUCCAGGCACUUUAGAUAGAAUCCCAACUUCACCUUCAUCUACAAUGUCCCCUCUGCCUGAAGGAGACAAUAAAGAGAGGACUAACCCUCCUCCAUGGGAGCCAAUCCAAAUCAUUAUUAAUUUUGUAAAUGACACGUGCAUCAAAGUUAGCUGGAUGUCCAUCUUUUCAGUCACAGCGUACAAGGUCACUUGGGUUAAAAUGGGUCAAAGCUUGACAGGAGAUAUUGUGCAAGAGAAUGUGGUCAGUGGGAAAGGGAAGAGGCUAAGCCUUGUAAACUUGAAGCCAAAAUCCACUUAUCGCAUUUGCAUAAUCCCUCUAGAUGCUUCUAAUAAUUACCGUCCUGGAGAUGAUACAGUAUGCUCUGAGGCUACCACUAUGCCUGCUACUUUUAACUCUAACAAUAAGGCCACUGGCCCUGAGCAUGCCACUCAGCAGGACCCAAGCUCUCCUUUUCUCCUAGCAGGAUUGAUAGGGGGAGCUGUGAUUGUUGUCCUUGUUUUCUUGCUGAGCAUAUUUUGCUGGCAUAUGCAUAAAAAAGGACGAUCUGAUUCUUCCAAGUGGAAAUACAACAGAGGACGAAGAAAAGAUGACUACUGCGAAGCAGGGACUAAAAAGGAUAAUUCCAUCCUUGAAAUGACUGAAACAAGCUUUCAGAUAGUCUCUUUAAAUAAUGAACAGCUCCUUAAAGGAGAUUUCAGAAUACAACCCAUCUAUACCCCAAAUGGGAGUAUUGGCUUCAGAGACUGCCACAUAGCAAACAGCUUAACAUAUUCCAAGGGCAAUGUUCCUGAUGAGGAAUGCUGCCACACAUGACAGAUUUUGGGAAGAAUAUUUGUAAUAAUAAUACUUUUGAUAUACAGUAUAUAUAUAUAUAUAUAUA